UGGUAACCGCUUUGCCACUGUUGAGAGUUAGAUCCUUUCUCUCUCUAUUAACCGAUCGAAGAAGCAACAAGAGCGAGAAGAAAGCAUAACGAAAACGAAAACGAAAUCGAAACCGAAACGAACCCACACCACUCUCACAUAGAUCUCUUUCUCUCUAACAACACUUUCACCUUCUUACUCAUCAUCCAUUAAUGGCUUCUUGACCAGGUUCUUCGUUUUCCCUGCAAUUCUAGGGUUUAAUUUGCGCCGUAUAUAUACAUGUAAUAUACGGUAGAAUCUCAUUCGGUCGAGAGCAUGCCAAUCAAUUCUCCUUUUGAUUCAUAAGAAAUAUCUGUUGUAAAGAUUGUUUGGAGAAGCAAUUGGAUCAUAUGAGGUGUUCACUUGGUUGUAUUGAUUAUCCAGCUGUCAAUUCAGAUGUGCAAUUUUUGCGAGCUUGCUGUAAUAAGGAAAUUUCCCGCGGAGUCAUUGAGGUAGACCUGGUGAGUCCAAAUUAUUUGAUGCGGGGGAGUACCGUUCUGCAGUUGCAUAAGCUUGGCAGAGGUGGAGACGGGCCAUCAUGGCUGAACGAGAGGAGAUUGAGCUUAAAUUCCGCAUAUAUGAUGGAACUGAUAUAGCGCACAGGACUUACUUACCAUCUACUACAGUUGCUACCCUUAAGCAAAGGCUAAUUACCGAGUGGCCUCAAGGCAAAACAGUUACACCAAAGUCAGUAAAUGAUGUAAAAAUUAUACAUGCGGGCAAAGUUUUGGAAAACAACAAAACUCUUGCGGAUUCCAGAAUAACAUUUGGUGACAUCCCUGGUGGUGCUAUUACCAUGCAUGUUGUAGUGCAACCUCCAUUAGUUAAAAAGAAAUCAGAAAAGAACCAGGAGAACAAGCAAAAGAUGAAUUCAUGUGCAUGCACCAUCCUUUAGUUAGGAGGCAUACCUUGCGGCUGCCCCUGAAGAUAAGGUUGCGUUUUUCCUAUUUUUAUCUCAGCCUCUCCGGUUGUUGAAUUGGCAGUGCGCUAUCAAGUGGCAUUGCCUUCUGACAUGUUUGGAUUUAUCAAAUCUUUGUUGCUUGCUUUUUUUUAUGUUCAAUUCAUUACUAGCCAUUGUCUUUGGAGUGAAAUCAGAUAUUAUCAUUGCAAAAUUCUGACCUCAACGACCACAAUAAGAGUGUUAUAUUGGAGGACAUAAAGCCUUGGCCACGAGUCCAUAUUAGGCCACUUCGUAGCAUUUGAUGAAUAUAUGUUGUUUGGAAAUGUAUAAUUUGACAUUUUAUACGCUAUAAAUAUCCAGAUAUUGAAGCACCAACUUACAUUUCA